CCUCCCUCCAUUGGGAAGAUCGGACCCAAUUGAGGGGAGAGAAAACAGCCCCUCUUAAGCGCUGGAAAACCUCUUAAACUACGCGAUUAUACAAACCCACGGAGUCACAACGCUCGAGUUAAGAAAUAUGCGUUACAGGCGGAGGCUAAAAUGUCAACUUUCUUGAACAUUGGGAUUUUUAAAGCCUCAGUAAACGAGCCGAAGGAGAGGCUUCAUUAGCCAGCUAACUGACGCUAGCACAGCGAAGUGCCUGAAAACUUCAAGCCUGAGACAAUUUGCGAUUGGGACAGAAAACCAGAAUACCUCCCACUCUCGUCGUGUUUUUUCCCUUAACUUUUAGGUUUUUCGCAUCACGUCGGGCUGGGUCCAGCUUCAUUUGAUCGGUGGAACACGUGAAAUAAUCGCUUUGUUUACCGCUUGCACAAUUCCAGCAUUGAUUCUCGCAGAAAUGAGAUUAGAGAGUCGCUUUGUGAGGGCAGGCCAUGAACUCAACCACACCAGGCAAAACACAGAGCAGGCCUGUUAACUAGAAAUCUGUUUAUAUAAACUACUCAAAUUCUGCACUUAAACCUUCUGCUGUUGGACUUCAUUGAGGAUUAGGGAAGAAGAUUUGGAUCUGCUAUGGUUUACAUGGCGUUGACGGUGUCAAGAGUCGAAUGAAAGAGUGUCGGGAGCAACGUUAUUUUUUUCAUCUUUAACGUUACAUUUGUGGAAUUUAAAACACGCAAAAACAGAGGAUUAAGAUGUCUAGCGCAAAAGAAAACUCUUGUAGGAAAUUUCAAGCGAACAUUUUCAACAAAAGCAAAUGUCAGAACUGCUUCAAGCCUCGAGAGCUGCAUCUGUUGACGGAUCAGGAUCUCAAUCAGGCCAAACCAAUAUAUGGUGGAUGGCUUUGUUUGGCUCCAGAGGGGACGGACUUUGACAAUCCAAUGCAGAGAUCCAGGAAAUGGCAACGGCGAUUCUUCGUGCUUUAUGAACAUGGCUGCUUGCGCUUUGCAUUGGAUGAAUCGCCGAGCACGCUCCCACAAGGAACUGUCAACAUGAACCUCUGCACAGACGUAAUAGAUGCUGAACCCAGGACAGGACAAAAGAAUGCACUGUGCAUCAUCACACCUGAGCAAGAGUACUACAUUCGAGGAGACAAUAAAGAGAUCAUCAAUGGAUGGAGUGAACAGCUAGUGGUUUAUCCGAGAACCAACAAGCAAAACCAAAAGAAGAAGCGUAAAGUAGAACCAGCGACCUCACAGGAGCCAGGCCCAGCGAAGGUAGCAGUGACUGGUUCAGGCAUCCCUGAUGCUGAUAAAACUCCAGAUUCCAGUUCUAUCAUAUGGCAAGAGGAGCUGCAGAGCCGAGAGGCAGACGUGUCCCAGACGUGGUCUGCUAGUGAAAUGUCACCACUUGGUUCCCAACUGCAUUCUACUGGCGAGGGGUCAAUGCUGAGUCGGUGUUCAGAUCAAAGCUCUGUAAACGGUGACGAGGUGGACCGGAGCGGGCUCUCCUUCCACUCGGCUGUUUCCCAGCCCUCUCACGAUCCCCUGUCCCCCACAGGCAGCUCAUCUAGCAGGCACAGUGGAGAGCUUGGGGGCAUCCCCCGCUGCCUCUCUCCUGCUCCCAGUGACCCCUUCCCAUCAGGCAGCAGUCUGCUGUCCAACGGUUCCCACAUCAGCGGCUCCAUGAGUUCUCUAGACUCAGAAGCCAGCGGCAGCACUGUCACCAGCAGCGACAGCCACCCGACUGAACCAAUUGGGCGCCUCCAUCGCCCUCUGCCCCGCCGCAGUGAUAGCGAAGCCCACAAGGCAGAGAAACGCAGUCGUCUUCGCAGUCCUGAAAGACAGGACAAAGAUUCUGUCUUCAGCCCUGAGAGAAGUGGGCGCUCAAAUGUGAUCGAGAAGCUGGAGGCGUUGGAGCUGGAUCAUGCUGAGAGAAUGGAGGUGGAAGAGACGAACCGCAGUGGAGUCAGACAGGGCCGAAGUGAAAUGAGACGGUUCCAGCGGGAGGAGCAGAAGCUGGACUCAGGACAAAGUUUAGACUUUCAUCACUCCACCCUGCCGCCACUGAGGAGAGCCAAAUCACUGGACCGCAGGACCACCGAAUCGGUCAUGACACCAGACUUGCUGAACUUCAAGAAAGGUUGGAUGGUGAAACUUGAUGAACAAGGCCAGUGGAAGAAGUAUUGGUUUGUGCUGACAGAUCACAGCCUACGAUACUACAAGGAUUCUAUUGCUGAAGAGGCAUCUGAUCUUGAUGGAGAAAUAGACCUCAGUACAUGCUAUAAUGUUACAGAGUAUCAAGCUCAGCGCAACUAUGGUUUUCAGAUUCAUACCCAGGAGGGGGUCCAUACACUCUCUGCCAUGACGGCAGGGAUUCGACGCAACUGGAUCCAAGCAGUUUUGAAAAACGUCCGGCCGUCCACCGCCCCAGAUGUUGCUAGCCUGCCGGGCGAUCACGGUUCUUGUGGACCAUUUGAGAGUCUCGCCCAGCCUGACAUCACUCAGGAUUCCCAGUCUUUUGAAGCAUCCUCUGUAGAACGAGACAACGGGAUCAAGAAGAGUCGGGCAAGGGAACGCAGACGUGAAGGAAGGUCCAAAACAUUUGACUGGGCUGAAUUUCGUCCCAUCGCCCAGGCUCUGGCCCAGCAGAGAGCGCAAGAGGCUGACACCUUGCAGGCCGACUUGACAAAUGCUGAGCGCGCCAAAAGGAGAGAAGAAAGACGGCGGAGAUAUGAAAGCGUGACUGGCUCGUCUAUCGAACCUGUCUCGGAUGUUCCAAAGAUGGACUUGGCGAGCGAGGGCGUGGUCCAGGUAGAUGCACCGCCCCCUUCUGUGGAGUGCCAACAGAAAAUGGAGGAUGAGAUAGAGCAGCGCUGGCAACAGGUGGAGAAGACGCCCAUCAGAGAGGAAAAGAGAGUGCCCUUGUCCUCAUCACAUCAUACCAGAGACACGUCCGAGCUGGAGAAGCUUGUUGAGAGCUACAAAAAAGGGGUUGAAGAGCUCAAGGCUCAGUUGGAGAGCUGCCACCAGCAGCUGAUGGACUCCAAUCGGCACAAGCUAGAACUGGAGAGUCACCUCAAAGAUGCCCUCGAGCGGGAACAGCAGAUCCGCGCUGGUUACAUUUCACCGCUGGAGUCACCUUUGAGUCUUGAGACAGAGCCCCUGAUGAAGAGGACAGAGCUGGUUAGUUCUCAAGCUCAGAGUUUAACAAAGAAGUACCAGGAAACCAAAGAACUCCUGCAGCUUCAAGAACAGAAAAAGCGCAACAUGCAGGCACAGCUUGGCCUUUCUCUCGCACACUGGCCCACAAAGGAACCUUGCCUUUCUGACACCAAACAAACUAGCACCUCGGAGGUCUUUCCCUCAAAUUCCAUUCAAAAAACUCUUAGUUUUACACUUCUGGAUAGUGAGGGCAAGAUUAGAGAGCUUGAGGACCUGAUUGAUGUCAGUAAGCCUCUGACGUUGAGGGAGCUGAUAGAGCUUAUGCACUCGCAUAGCGAAUUUGUUUGGGUACAGUCUACUCGAGGACAGGAAAGAAAAGAGCACAGUAGGUCAGGGGAAAUGACACAAUGCCAGAAGCUGCUGGAAAAUCUUAAGAACCAACAGGAAAUUGAGAAUGAGACGAUGAGGAAAAGCUUGGAAAUGGCUGGAGAUUGCAUCCGGGAUUACGAAGCCCGGUUGGUCACCAUGGAGGACAUGUUGGGAAAAGUUCAAAGUCAGAAAAUGAGUCCUCAUUCAUCGGUUUGCUCUAGAGAAGAUUGUAGCAGAGAUCUUUCGCAGCGAGUUGAAUUGCUUGCGAAUGAAAACGUAGCUUUAAACCAGCGUUAUCAAGAAAUUGUUAACCAGCUGAGAGAAGCAGAUAGAGAAAUAGACAGGCUAAAAGCAGAGGUUUGUAGAAUCCGUUGUGGUCGAAACGUGAACCAGGACAUGACUGAGCAGGUGGAUGAAGAGGCAACUUCCACAGGCAAAAAUGUGUACGAGCGAGAACUCGGUGAAAAAUCACAGCAGCUCCAACAGGCUCUUAUUAAAUUAGAGGUGCUUGGUAAUAAUUUGAAGGAGACAGAAAAAAGACUACAACUUAAAGAGGCCACUUUAAGGGGUCUAGGAUUUCAGGUGGCAGGAAAUGACAGUCAUGAAAAGUUGUCUCCGGAGACCGAAGAGCUCAAACACCAGAUUGAGGUCAUUCAAUCCACGCUUUCAGUAAAGGAGCAGAUGCUUCAUAAUGCAGAGGAGAUCUGCAGAGAACUUCAGGCCCAAAACACAGAGCUCAUCACUAAAAAUGAAGAAACCACAAGGAUGUUUAGUCAAAUGCUUGUAGAUGCUCAGAAGGAAAUAGGAAUGUUAAAGGAGCAGGCAGGAGCGGAUGUAACGUUUGGUAUGGAAACUGAAACAGAAACAGAAAGUGGGCAGGAGUUGACCCAGAAAGAAAAAAUACUAGCACAUGAUAUGAUUGAGGAAGUAGUUGAAGAGUUUAACAGAAAGUCUAAGUCACUUAAGAAUGUACUUGAUGUGUUGGUUAGUGGCAUUGAGGAAAUGAGGAAAUGUGAUUCAUCUAGUGUUGGCAUUGAGACCAACAUUUUGGAUGGAGAUAGGAUAGAAAUGAUGAAGAAACUGUUUGAGGAAAAAAUUCUACAUGUAGUUUUAGGUGGUUUAGAGGAAAGUCAUAAAGGCUCAGGGGGUGAGCAGCCCCUUACAGCCAUAAAAAGUGUUGUAGAGCGCAUGUUAGCGGAAAAUAAAUUGCUGCUUUUCAUGAAUAAAAUCUCAGAACCCCAAAAAACUCAAAGUAUUGUAACUUGCACAGAAGAAAGCACUGGAACCAUGAAAAUGAAUACUUUCUAUCACUUGUUUGAUGAUGCCACAAAUUCUUGCAUAAUGAGAAAUCUUGCAAAUGCUAUAGAAAGUAAAGUAGUAUUAUUAAAUCAUACCGCUUCAAGUAUUAGGGAACCAACAAAUGAGCAGCUCCGGUCUUCGGUGUUGACUCUUUCAAAUUGUGAAACUCAAGCGAGAUGUUGGACUGACUAUGUUCAUGAAGCCAUCUUGGAUGUAAUAUUCACAUACUUGGUAAUUCAGCAGAGCAAGGUGCUAGAAAGAGAGAUGCAUCUAGAUGUAUCUGCCUUUGUGAAUUGUUCUGAUUUAAAAGCACAAAACAUGAAGCUCAGAUCUGAACUUGAACAAAAGGAGGUUAACGCAAGUUUGCAGAGCUCAGUCAGUGGAGACUCAAUGGCAGGAACACGCAUUCAUAUAGAAGGAGAACCAGUUGACUCUCUUGACAAGGCCAUUCAGCUUCAGGACUUGAUGGCCAAGCAUAAGAAGGAGCUGCGGGAAUUAAAGGGGGCAUACGAGGAAGAAGCAGAGAAGUUAAGAGAGGAAGUGGCCAAGGCUGGUGAAACUCUGAGGUUGAGGUCAGAGGAGAACGUGAAAGAGAUCGACUCGUUGACUGUGUGCAUGGAGAACCUUCAGAAGAAGCAUGAGAUGGAGUGUAGUAACUUAAUAGCACAAUUCAAUCGAGAGAUGGAAGAGCUUACAGACGCGGUGGGCCCUGAUGUUGCAGAAACUGGAGAUGAUGACAAGCCAACCUCGACUACCCUCAAACUACGAAUCAAAAAGCUUGUGUCCCAGCUGUCUGAGGAAAUUGAUCGACGUGAUCAAGGAGAUGCGACAUUGCUGCGACUGAAAUACGAGAAAGAUCUGGAAAACCUUAAGGCCACGUGUGAACGAGGUUUUGCUGCCAUGGAGGUGUCCCAUCAGAAAGUGAUAGAUGAGCUGCAGAAAAAGCACCAGCGGGAACUGGAGAAACUGCAGGAUGAAAAAGAGAGACUGCUGGCAGAAGAGACGGCAGCCACCAUAGCUGCAAUCGAAGCAAUGAAGAACGCACAUCGGACAGAGCUCGAGAGAGAAUUGGAGAAAACACGCAAAGCCAACAGCAACAAUGAAAAUGCAGACAUUGAGGAAAUCCGCAAACAACACGAGGAGGAGCUGAUGUCGUACCAGAGGGAGAUCGAGGUGUUAUCUGAACAGUACUCCCAAAAGUGCUUGGAAAAUGCUCAUCUGGCACAGGCACUUGAGGCUGAACGGCAAGCUCUCAGGCAGUGCCAACGGGAGAACCAGGAACUCAAUGCACACAAUCAGGAGCUAAACAAUCGUCUGGCAGCUGAGAUUACCAGGAUGCGAUCCAUGACAAGCGAGGAUGACACUGGCACUGGCAUGCAUGGCAAGGAAUUGUAUGAACUGGAGGUAAUGUUGAGGGUGAAAGAGUCAGAAGUGCAGUACCUGAAGCAGGAGAUAAACUCUUUAAAAGAUGAACUCCAAUCUGCCCAAAGAGAUAAAAAAUAUGCAACAGAUAAAUACAAGGACAUCUACACAGAGCUAAGCAUCGUAAGGGCAAAAGCUGAGCGGGAUGUAGGGCGACUUCGUGAACAGCUGCAACAAGCCCACGAGGCACUGGGGGAACCCUCACUGGAGGAGCGCAGUGGUUACGAUAUCAUGAAGUCGAAGAGCAAUCCAGACAUUUUAAAGAUGGCGGCCGCUGCUGCAAAACGUUCAGAGCGUACCAUGAGGUCAAAGUCUGUGAAUCGUGACAUGCCAUGGGACAGCUAAAGACUAAACCAUGAAGACCUUAUGACUUUAGAGUCUCAAGGAAGGUUUGACGGCUGAGCAGAGACUUCACUUGUUUGACAACAAGGACACUAAGGACUUCUGACAUUGAUGCGUCAACUUGCUUCGUUGCAUGUUAAUGAGACUCACUAUGUUUAACCCAGUAAUUAAUCACAUAGAGACACACUGGUCACAGCAUAAAGCAUAUAUUAAACAUGGUAUGAAGAUUGAAUUUUAUGUCUAUAGUCUGCAUUACAUGCACUUCAGUUACUGUGACAUUGUUUUUUUUCCAUUGCCAUGUCUUAAUGUAAAUACCUAAUGUAAAUGUUUUUAAUGAAGCAUCUACCAUGCAUACACUAAACACGACUUGUGUAAGCUACUGUUUUAACUCUUUAGUUUGUGUGAAUCACCAGUGGAAUAAUUAACUAUGUAAUGACUUGAGACUACAGAUUAUUGGUGCAUUAUUCGCCUUUAACAAAGAGUAGAUAUAAUCACGCCUUCAGGCCUGCGUAUUACACUAGAUGUGGUCAGUAUGCACAUUCCCUCCAGUUCAUAAUUGUUUUAGUGAAAUGGGAUGACCGGCUGAGUAAAAUCAUUUCAUUUAGACAUCAUCAUUUAACUGCUGACCUUCAAUGGCUCGACACUGCCCAGUGUUAAAUGCCAUCUCUGAAUGUUUUUAAAUAAAGGACCAUUUCAUAUUAUACAAUAGAGACUGUAAGACAUAAGAAGAAUACACCUGGAGGGGUUCAGGCUGGUGUAUAUAAACGAAUUUAUAUAAGAUUUCAUUAUAAAACUAUAAUGAUCCACUCGAGUUAAAUUGGAGUUGUUUUUUUGUUUUGUUUUUGGAUAAUGUUUCCUCAAGCUCAUCAGACUUAUAGUGUUGUUCAGUGGCAGUCCUUUAUAUUUAUUUAAAUGUUACGGAUUUUUGUCUCACAUUUCCACUCCUCUAUACAUUAUUGUAAAUAUACUGCAAAUGUACACGAACUGACAACAGGUUUAUUAGCAAUAAAUAUUUUUGC